CAGUCAGCAGGAAUAUACGGUACGCGGGGCACAACAUUUGCUUGAUCAUAGUAUGUUCACCCCCCUAAAAGAGCAAUCCUGCAGGAUAUUUCUUUAGCGCCCUGCUAUCGGUUUGCCGAAGAGUGCUUUAGUAUUGGCUGUAUUAUACCCUGAAAAUCUCUUGCAGGGUUAGAUUCAAAGAAAAGAUCCCAAACACACUGCAAGAACCCGCAAGAAUUUUCUACCACAAUACCGCAGAUCUAGUGUAUUGUAAAUACCACAAUGCUUCUUUAUACUUCGUAAAAUUAUCUUUUUUGCUUUUACGAUGUCUCGUUUUUGUUUUAUUGGAGGCAACGAUUUCCGUGUCAAGUACUACUGUAUGUGCAACUAUAGAGUAAUGUGAAUGUACUUCAAAUAACGGCUCUGGGAACUGACAACCUGCGAUUUCAGUAUUUUCCUAUCAGUGUUUCAGUGGUAAACUCCAUUAACGUUUAAGGGCUAUACGACGCUGCCUUCUCGACUAUACGACUGCUACAAAUACCAAUAGCGCAGGGAGUACAGUUUCUUGCCCUUAAAAAUCACAAACUGAAAAUUUUCCAAGGGUCUGGGAACGUUUGGUACAAGUCGUAAUCUCAGUGGACUCUAUGCGGUAAGCAACAACGAAUAUCUUGCAUCAGACUGCAGCUCAGAAGAGGCUCAUCUUGAACUGCGGAUUUCGACUGGCGUCGGUGUAAAUAAAGUUUAAACAGCCACAGGAAACACGUGAGGGAGGCAGUGUGGAGCAUGAUUGCGUUUCUCAUGUGUUUUGUUCUUCUGCCAAUAUCACGUUUACUACGCAAGUUUGCAGGUCGCAAACCAGAGCACGAUGACUUGGACAGAGGAGGAGCGCCCUCUCUCCCAAUGACCGAAAAGGAGACCUCAGUCGGGGGAGGGCUGCAGCUGGAGACUCUUCCUCAGGAGCAGAAUGCCCUGCUGGAGCAGCGGCUCGGCGCGGAGAGCGCUUCUCAGCGGGGGGGCUGUGCAGGGACAGGGGUCCAAUGGCCUGGCCAAGGAAGCCAGCAGGAAUUGGUGGCUCAGGGCGAUGCGCCGGUCUGGGGGGAGCGUUUUCUCAGGUGGGCAGAGUGUGAUCGGGCACACCCCGGCGAGCAGCCAGCGCAGAAUCCCAGCACGGCCCUGGAUUUGGGAAUGCUUCUGGGUGAGGCAGACGCUCAGAGCUGGGGGAUCGCGGCGGACCGUCUUCAGGAAGGAUGGAGUUCCUGUUCCUGGCCGGGGCCGGAGGAAGAGCAGUGUUAUCCCCCCUGGCAGGUUCAGGGCAUGAGUUACUACCCACGCAUGGAGACGGCACCUGUAGAAGAGGUGGGGAGAGUGUGGGAGGAUCUGUCUGGGUUGCACUCUCGGACAUGCGCUCCCCAGGGGUCCAGCCCUGCCACCACGGAGCCGUUCGAAUUCACAGUCAUGUCCUACAACCUCUUAUCCCAGGACCUGCUGGUGGCCAACCCCGACCUCUACGCACACUGCUUUCCGGAGGUCCUUGCUUGGGAAUUCCGAUUGCGGAACAUCCUACAGGAGUUCCAGACAUGGCAACCAGAUAUUUUGUGCCUCCAGGAAGUUCAGGAGAAUCACUUUUGGGAGCAGCUUGAGCCUGUCCUGUCAGUCAUGGGUUACUCGUGCGUUUACAAGCGCCGCACUGGCAGGAAGACAGAUGGCUGUGCUAUCUGUUACAAACCGGCCAGGUUCCGCAAAGUGUCGUGCAGCCUGGUGGAGUUCUACCGGCCGGAGGUGGAGCUCCUCGAUCGUGACAAUGUGGGAGUGGUGACACUCUUGCAGCCGGUGACCCCAGAGGGGUCAGAGGUGUGGGGUCAGAGGUCAAAGGCCCCACCCCUUUGCAUCGCCAACACUCACCUUUUGUACAACCCCAUGAGAGGCGACGUCAAACUGGCACAGCUGGCACUGCUGCUAGCCGAAAUUGACCGGGCACUGAAGCCCUGGCGAGAGGAAGGAGUACAGUGUCCAGUCAUUCUGUGUGGGGAUUUCAACUCCAUCCCUUACAUGCCUCUGUACCAGUUCAUCUGCACCGGCCAGAUGUAUUACCAUGGGCUGCCAGCUUGGAUGAUUUCUGGACAAGAAGACUUAUCACACAAACUGAACCAGAGGAGGCUGUACGCCCCCUUGUGGCCUAGCAGCCUGGGAAUAAGUGACAACUGUCAGUACUUCGCAGUCUGUGACAAGAAGAAGAAAAAUGGUCAAGAAAAAGAAGAAAAAGGGAAACUCCAGUAUAGUCACAAGUGUUUGCUUCAAUUUCGUUUCUGUGAAAUUGCCUGCACACGCCCAGAGUAUCUUGUGUGUAUUCCAGGAGUGACGGACGCUAAGCCAGAUCCCUCUAAAAUACAGGCACAGGCCCUAAAAUCUCUACCUGAACCUGAUCCAGAAAAAAGUUCAUCUAGGUUCAGAAACACAAUUUUUCAUGGUUUCGAUUUGACAUCGGUUUAUAGCCACUACAUCUCAGGCACAGAGAAGCGGGAAGUAACUACACUGCACUGUGGCUCUGGGGCCACUGUGGACUAUAUCUUUUACUCAGCUGUGCCUGUCAAUAACAGGAGCCAGCGAGGAGGAAGGCUGAAGCAGGAUGGAGUCCUGAAGCUGAUGGGUCGUCUCUCUCUGCUGUCAGAGGAGCAGCUCUGGUCCACGAAGGGACUGCCCAAUGAGGUCUUCUCCUCUGACCACCUGUCUCUCCUGGCUAAAUUCCAGCUGGACCACACCUGGUUUUAAUCGCCCCAGUGUAGAUGACUUGGAAGCUUGAUUUCUUGGAGGUAGAAGUUACAUAUAAAUGGCAAGAACUGUUUACACGUUCAGCUACAAUGGUUUCCCAUUUACUUUCUAAGUAUUACAACUACUGCAUCCUUGGAUGCUUGGAAAAUUAUUAUUUUAUUAGGAGCAGAAAACAAUUAGACUUCAGUACAAUUAGACUCCAGUACUUGCACCUCCUGUACCAGAUAUCAGCCAUGUCAACCUGUGGCAUCCUGAGGCAGUGGUAUUGAUACAGCAGUGCUCAGUAUUUCAAAUUUAGGAGCUGAGUCCUACACCAGGAAACUACAGAAUUCUGUGGUCUUUUCAGUUUUAAAAACAAAAUGUCUUUAAGUUUUCCUUCUUUUCCAGGUCUCUGAAACAAGGAAUAUAAAGAGAAACUUGCUUAUUGGUUUUGGCUUGUUUGUAAUGGGGUUGUUUUCAGCUUCGAAAGUUGUAUUCAUUCAACAUUUACCGACACUCUGAGUUAACACUUUGCUUUACCACUAUCACAAAGAAGCUGAAAAAAUUGACAUUUAGGUUUCUAAGUUAAGAGAUGUUUGUUUUUGCUUUUUCAGCAAGUUCUUGUUCUCCCAUUUCAAAUAAAUGGAUGAUAAGUUUAACAAUGUAAACAUUUUAUGAAUGCAACCUAGAGUGAGGAAUGAUGUUGAUUCUUGAACAAAGCACAAAAAAAUGGGAAUAUUUUAAGCUUGUUUUAAACAAAGUAAAAUUAAGGUUUAUUUUUAAGGGAAUGUAUGCAGGUAUUACACUUGUAUAAAUGUGAGAGGGAAGCUGCACAGGACCAAGUAAAGGUUGAUUCCGUGCUGAUAAAGCAGACAGAAAAAAAUACAUUGCACUUCUGAAGAAGGAUCAGCAGCUGAAACAUGUUUGUUCUUCUUUUACCUUUACCUGUUCCAUUUCACUAGUAUAGUUACUUAUUUUUAAAAGCACAAUUCUUGCUGUUUUGGUAGUUGCUUCAUAUUGCUUACAUUUUGUAACAUUUAACUAAGCAAUGAGAACAGGUGUGUAAGUAUAAUAAGAAAGAUGUUGAGAAUCAUAAUUGAUGAUUAAGGUCAAGCUGUCACCAAUUCAAUUGCAAAGAUGCUGUAUGUUGAUACCUUGUGAACUUCAUUUAAGCUCGUUUUUAUUUAUUUUAUGAAGAAACCUAUAAGACAUGUAGGUGUGCUUCUGCAGCAAUGCCAAACCCUGCGACACAGAAACAGAGUGCUUCCUUUUGUAUCAGUAAGCCAUUAUGUAAUGACUUUUCUUUUCCUAUACUUGUCUGUCCAGACUCCGUGGUUGUGAGUGUGCAUAGUUAAAAUACAGGUAGUUCAACAAUCACAUGAACCAUCAUUCGUGUUGCUCCUGGAGGCAUGAUUUUCCCCCUUUUCUUCCCUCAGUUACUUUAGUGUAUUCAAACUACAAAUGUAUUUUUAAGUGGCUGUCUGAGUUUUUGCCAGAGAACUUUUCUUUUUCCAUUCACGCAUAGUUUGUCCCCUUAAGUCUGUGCUGUGGAUGUUGACAUAUCAUUUCAGCUUACACAGUACUUAACAAGUAAGAAAAGCUGACAGAAUAAAUGUUGUGGAAAAUGA